CGCACUCUUAAGCUCUCACCACUACUCCCGCCCAUUCCUACCAAUUUCAACGUCGUGUUUCUUCGCAAUAUACCCGAAUCACUUCCCACUCACUCGAUCACAGGCAGAAGAAGAUAGCCUGAGAAAGCCCCUUCAUCUUCGCACUUCUCGCUCCCCCUUUCGACACCCUCCGCCACAUGUCAUAAUUAUUGGUACAACCACCCGCAUACCGCGCAAUGCUUAACUUCAGGCCACUACAGGUGGCAAAGCGGAAGCUACAAUCCUACAACCAGGUGCCGACACACGAUGUCGAGGACGGCGACAUCUACAACGAGAAGCGGUACGACAGCGACGACGACGAGAGCUAUGUCUCUUCCACAACAUCCUCCCCAUACUCAUCAAGAGUAUCAUCAGGCGUGUUGCAUACAAGACAGCGGUCAACAACGAAACCGACCGUCAGCGCAUACAGUUACAGGAAUCCGCGGGCGUUCACGAGAUACUUUGGUCUGGCCAUAGCGAGCACCUUAAUAUUAUUCGUUCUGUUUUUAAUGAAAAUGGGUUGGGCGUCGGCAAGGGAUGUGGAAUUAGGGCUGAAUAAACCGCCGCCGCCGCCGCACGUGUGGGAAGCGUUUCCAUUCUUGAAGCGGUACCAUGGCGGGAUACGGACGUUACAAGCGAGGGAUAAGAAUGUGCCCGAGUAUCCGCGGAAGGAGGAUAUUGACCCGGACUUACCCCCAGGUAAGACAGGAGAACUGCAGGAGGACGAAGCACAGUUCGAAAAGCGUUCGGAAAAUGGGGCUGUGCCACUAGGGGAUGUGUUUACCCCGUACCCAGACUACCAAAGUUUGAAAUAUUUGGACCAGUACGGACCGGUGGAGACGUGCUAUUUGGACGUCAACGAUACCGUUAAGAUCCCGUCUUUGAGGGCGUACAAGGGCGUGCCGGAUGGCCAACCGGACAAUAUCUUAGGUUCUUACGAUGUUUUGGGUCUUCGCAAGGACGUCUGCUUUGAACGGUUCGGACGAUUAGGCCCAUAUGGCCUAGGCUACAGUAGGAAGCUUGGCGGCACCGGUGCUGGAAUGGAAGGAGACCGUGAAGGCAUUGAGAAAGUCUGGGAAGCUACCCCUGAAGUCAAUUUCCAACAUGUAAAGUGGGGCGCGGCCCAGGACCGCUGCUUGGAGAAAAACCGCUUCCGCUUCAAGGCUAAGCCUAAAGGACGCAAUCACUUCUUCCAAACCAUGGCCACUAAGGGACCAAAGGAUGAGACCAUCAAUGCAACAUCUGGCGAGAUCGGUGAUGUUGAGGAACCGGUAAAAGAGCAGGAAGUGGGGAAGAAGUACACCAAUGGCACCGUCCGCGCUCAGCCAAAAUCACAACACAAAAACCUGCUCCCUCGCACCUGCGUUUUGAUCAGAACGUGGUGGGAUUACAAGUACGACGACGAAGAUAUCAUGUUCCUCCGCGCUCUCGUAUCCGAACUCAGUAUUCAGUCCGGUGGUGAAUAUGUAGUGCAUUUCUUGAUCCAUGUCAAGGACAACAAUAAGCAGAUCUGGGCCGACGACCAAGUUUACCAGGAAACGCUCAAUAACUCCUUGCCGCCGGAGUUUGAGGGGAUGGGAACUCUCUGGUCUGAGAAGCAAAUGAGUCUCAUCUACGCUGGCGUGGAUGAGGCCAAGUUUCGCGACCUCCCAGUUCAUGGUGCCUACCGUUCUACCUUCAUGCCCGUCACGUAUUUCGCGCACCAGCAUCCCGAAUUCGACUUCUUCUGGCAGUGGGAAAUGGAUGUUCGAUACACCGGCCACUACUACCAUCUCUUCAGCCAAGUCGCUCAGUGGGCCGACAAGCAGCCCCGUAAGGGACUCUGGGAGCGGAACUCCCGAUUCUAUGUCCCUGCAACCCAUGGCUCUUGGGAAGACUUUUCACACAUGGUCCGCGUGCAAACUGAGCAUGGAACAAACAGCAAAGCUAACACCUGGUCCUCGCACCUCCCCCCGAAUCCGCACAUGCCUGAAGCCGAAACACAGAAACCCGAAAAGCCAAUAUGGGGUCCCGAACUCCCCUACGAUUACCCCGAUAUCGAACUUGACGACGCCAUCAUACCCCCGACCACCUCCACCGAAGACAAAUACGAAUGGGGUGUCAACGAACCCGCGGAUCUCAUCGUUUUCAACCCUCUCUUCGACCCCGACCACACAAACUGGAUUCUCGCCGAAGACGUCACGGGCUACAACCGCAGCCAAGGCUUUCCCCCGCGUCGAACCGCUAUUAAUACUUCUGGUCGUCUUAGUCGCAGACUUCUCGAGACUAUGCACAGAGAACAAUCGCUCCAUCGGCACACUAUGUUUAGCGAAAUGUGGCCCGCGUCCUGCGCACUACACCAUGGUCUCAAGGCUGUAUUUGCGCCGCAUCCCGUCUUUAUCGACCGGAAAUGGCCGGUGCAAUAUCUCGCCGCAAUCUUCAAUAACGGGCGGAAUGGCGCGUCGGGGGGAGCGAGACUCUCUAUCUUUAGUGAUGAACGCCAGCAUAAUUUCAAGGGCACUACGUGGUACUAUGAUGCGGGGUUUGCGCCGAAUUUGUGGAAGAGGUGGCUCGGGUAUAAGGUUGAUAAUGAUGGGGGGGAGGAGGAGGAGGUGGAGGGCGAGGGGAGAAUGUGUCUGCCUGGUGUCCUUUUGCAUCCGGUUAAGGAUGUAGAAUUGGUUUUUGAACGGGUUGCAGACGAUGAGGAUGAUGACUUCUUUGUUGAUAUUGAUGUGUGCUUCCCUGUAUAUGUAUUGGUAAUUUGGGAUGGGUCUUCAUACCACCUAGGUCGUUUACUGCAGGUGCCUUCUGAGAUCAUGCUAAGCCCCAACUCUCCCGCUGUACAGACGUAUGAUGGCCAGAUUAGAAGCUAUCACCCGCUCAGUACCCACUUGCUUUUUUGUCACAGGGUUUGCCACUACAUUCCCUCCAGCUCCAUCCCGAUAUUUCCUUGCUACCUUGCUACCUUGCUGCCUUGCUGCCAUAACCAUAGGGAAGUUCUAUUACCCGGCGUCCACGCUUCGUUCAGGCUCAUAUCAUGUCAUGAAACCGAAAUCGAAUCGAGUCGUGUCGAAGCACUGUCAAAAAAACCCCGACAGCAUACUCUUACCAUCCUAAUCGCAAACGUCCUAGAGAAUCGCCGGGAUGGGGAUACAGAGCCUUCAGAAAUUUAUUCAAAGAGUAAGGAAAGAGCCUUAAAGAGGCUGAUAUGGAGUUGCGUAGACUUAGAAGAUGUUAAGAAUAUGAUGCUAUGGUGGAUCGAGACUUCCAAAAUUAACGUAACCAAGACCGCCAUGGUAUUUAAGAGUCAUCUUGACCCGCAAGGCUUCCGGGUAGAAGAUCAAAUUUACCUUAUUGCAGAAAAUCCAUUGAUGCAUAAUGCGAAUUAG